GGAACAGCUGCUAUCAGUCAGUUGUGUGGCCCCAUGUAUUGGUAUUGGGUUAGCCGAUUGUCAAAUAUUGACUGACACACGCAAUUUUCUUCUGCUGGAGAAAAUUCCUUGAAGCUUCUCCAGCAAACUAGUAAAAAACUAUAUUUUCUAGCAAUUGUUUCUUUCCAAUGCAAGCUAAUUAAAUACUUGGUGAUAAUUAAAAGUUUCCAGUGUUUUGCGUGCUGAAAUCCUUAAAGGAAGUACAACUUUUGAGCGAAAAAUGUCAGCGACCUACAGCCGAGUGGAUGAAUUUCCAAUGGACGAUACGCUGGAGUAUUUUAUUAAAUUCCCUUCGCCAAAUUUUAAAACAGAAGCUCCAGGAGCUGAAUCUGACUAUGUCUUCGUAUGUAAUGAAACUAACGUUCCAAUUGUUUUGCUACUCGGUUGGGCCGGUUGCCAAGACAAAUAUCUUAUGAAGUACUCCAAAAUUUACGAAGAUCGAGGAUUGAUAACCAUCCGAUACACAGCUCCAGUGAAUAAUUUGUUCUGGAAGCGUAAGGCGAUGGUCCAAAUAGGAGAGAAAAUUCUGAAAUUGAUCUAUGACAUGAAUUUCGAUAGUCAUCCGCUGAUAUUUCAUGUGUUUUCAAAUGGGGGAGCUUUCCUGUAUCAGCACAUUGCGCUGGCCAAUCGACGCUCGAAAAGGCCUGUCCGAAUUUGUGGAAUGAUUUUUGACUCUGCCCCGGGUGACCGCCGGAUUCUUGGACUGUUUCGUGCCAUAUCAGCCAUUUUGGGUAAAGAGAGACGAUGCAAUGCGUUAGUUUCUGCCUUCAUGGCAAUCUCCAUCAUAUUUUUAUGGACUUUCGAGGAUUCUUUUAAUUACUUGAGAAAUCUUGUUUAUUCUGAUGGAUACGAAGUACAAACUAACCCUUCCCACAAUUUGAAAUAUGAAUGUAACGAAUGGCCCCAGCUCUUCUUGUACUCUAAAACAGAUCGGCUUAUACCAUACACAGACAUUGAAAAGUUUGCGGUCUAUCGUCAAAAAUGUGGCACCGAUGUUCGAAUGGUAUGCUUCGACCGGUCGGAACACGUAAAACACUAUAUCAGACAUCCCCAGGAGUACAUAUACAGUGUUUGUAAGUUUAUCAACGACUGUUUAGCGAACCAUUAUAACAAAUUCAAUUGUUAAGAUAUUGUGCGCGACCAGUUAGAUUCCACAAACUUUGUAGAAACGAUUUGAAGAAACAACAUAACUACAGGUCCCACUCUGCGCUUGACGAUAUCAACGCCUUUAAGCCAAACAGAGCAGCGAGAGAAUUUUGAAAGCACAAAAAAUUGUUUUCCUUGGAAAAGCACGUUCAAAACGUAGCAAUUGGUUUUUAUUUUCAACUCUAGGAGAAAACUUUAAAGCAAUUUAUCUUCCAUUUUGGAGUCUUUAGCACAAAAUUACUGAAAACGAUAUUAGAUUACAAAACGAAAGCUUGGUAUCGACCCGAUAAAAUGUGUAAAAUAUCUAUUAAGAAAUGAGUUACCUUCAAUGAUUUUUUUACCGGCAGACACCUUGCAAGAAUUGUCUCAACGAGAAAACUCACAUGUAGGUGGCGAACCUUUAGACACAUCUUAGGUAAAUCACAAAGAACAGACGUUCAUCUUUUUUUCAAAAGAUGUGUAAAAACUUGCAACCGCCAUUUACCACUAAGUGGUAAUGCUCCCGUUAUGUGGCGCUUUUGUCGCUUACAAACCAAGCACUGAUAUCGAUAAAAUAUCGAUACAGCAAUAUUUAUGCAGUGCAACUGGGGCACCACAAGACAGAUGUCGUUAGUGUAUUAACGUAUUUUGAUUCAAAUUUUUACACACGAUUUUCAAAUUUCUUUAUAUGAACAUGAAUGUAUGUUCUCUGUGGGUAAAUUGUCCAUUCCGCAUUGAAUAAUGUCUGUUUAAAUUGUUUAGACCAGAAAAAAAGCUACAAAGAUCCUCAUAUUAGCAUCGAAAUGGUCAACAUUGGUUCGAUAAUAUUUUGCGUUUUACUCUUGUUAUAUUUUUUCACAGAUCGAUACAAAGCUUAAUCCGUUCAAACAAUAGUACCUAUUUUUAGCAUAUUCAUUUUCGCGUAUUUUUUAUAAAUAAUUAGUGAUGAUAUUGUAUGCGCUUCUGCUGAUUUACAGUUAGACUCUAUUCCGUGAUAAUAAACUUGGAUGCCUUUUUUCCGUCUAGUUGUUAUUAAAGAAAAAAUAAAAUAGGUACCGCUUUCUAAUAACGCAACAUAAUUAGGAGGAUAUUAAAUUUUCGUUCCAUUGUACAAGUAUGAGUAUAAAAUAUUAUUUCCAACAACAAAUAUAUUAGGUCUAACGGAGGAAAGUUUUAGCACUAAUCAGUGGUUUAUUAAACAAUAGUAAAAUAUGAGAAAAUAAACCUAAGGGAUGCAUAAAUCUUUUAUAUAUUUUUCAAACGGGUCGAUUAAACGAAAACAGAUUUUAAAAAAUAGUUUCAUAAAGUUUUAUUAAAAUGAGGAUACUAGAAAUAAAACUGCAAACUGUUUAUGGAGCACUACUUGUGAGGAAUAUUAAACACGCUCAUCUCGAGAUCAUUUUUUUUAAGUGACGUAAUA